CUCCUGCGUGACAUGUUUUGAAAACUGAAAAGUCCUGAGUCCUUAGACUUCGAACUGCAAUGUGGGAGUGCAUGAUCAGCGAAACCCGCAAAGGGCGACACACCGGGAGACAUCGGAAAGUUGAGGUUUGUGCUCCGGCUUCGCCAGCUUCGCCUCGAAGGCCCCUGGAAAUCCAGGGCGGAGGCAUCCGGAGAGACAGGACAAGUCAGCUGGAGAAGAUCAGAGCUGCUGGCAUGCAGAAAUCGCGCCGGCACGAUGAGACAACACAGUCCCCGGACACGGGAGCCAGGCUCUCCCAGCAAUAUGCACAAGCUUCCCAAGAUAUAGCAUCGUUGGCUUCUCGCCUGGCACAGCACAAUGGGCUUCGUAAAUUCAGUGCGACCUUUUCGAGUCGUGCUCCACCAUUGGAGUUGCGGAUGUUGCUGCCAGACCUUGAGGCUUCUAUUGAGCUACUUUUGGCUUCAUUGUCAAGCUGUACAGAGCAGAUUGCCGAGCUCGAGGUUCCACCUGAAUCUCGCCUGGCUGAACUGAGAGAAACGGUUUGCCACUACCUCCGCUCAGAGUAUGCUGCAGCGCAGGAAACUUUCAACGAGCAGCGGACACACCUGCGAGCUUUGAGAACCGCCUCUCCAUUGACCUCACCAGUAACAAUGCCGGUUCUGCCAAUGAAGCUAUCGGGUGUUGGAUCUGUUGAGCAAAGCAUAUCUUCCGCAGCAGUUUCUACUCAAUGCUCGCCAGACAUGCCUGCUCUUGAGCUUGUUGAUGAGAUCAAGCUUGAUGAGGACAGCGAGGUGGAUGAACCUGCACUGCCUUUUGCAGCGGUCAUGUGCGAUGUGCCUUUUGAAGGGCCCACUCUUUGAUGAGUGCACGCUUUUUGUACCCAGCUGAAGCUGUGGAGUUUGUCCCUGGGAGGGCAGAAGAUGCAGGCAACCUACCGAUUUCGGGCAGGUGGAAAUUCUCUUUUAUGAUGUACUGUAAGCGCCGUGUAGGUGCUGAAAUCACCUUUGCAGUGGAC